AUGAACUCUCCUAGGGAUCAAAUUGGGCAUGGAAUAACUGUCGCAUCCAUAUAUAGCUGCUGGGAAUUACAUAGACAAGAAAAUGCCAUUGCUGAUGGUGUUGAUGUUAUUAUCAACAUCUCCUUAGGAAUGGAAGAGUCCACCAUGCUUACAAUUGUUAUAUUAAUAGGAACAUUUGCUGCCAUGGAGAAAGGUAUCAUAGUUUCGUGCGCAGCUGGUAAUGAAGGUCCAAGUUCCACUGUGUAUAAUGGCAGGCACCACAGAUCGAUUGCUUGCCGCGUACUUAUUUCUUGGAAAUGGAAUGAAAAUCGUAGGACGAUCCAAAUUUGUUGGAAUACGUCAUUGCUAAAUGUUCCACUGGUGCACACAAAGUUACAAUCACCAUGCAAUAAUUCCCACAAGUUGACAGAUCUAGCAUGUCAUGGCGUCGUGGUUUGUGAUGAUGGAUAUAAUACAAUUAAGAAGAUUGAAGAAAUAAGCUCUUUAGAAGUGUUGGGAGCCAUUUUGAUUUCUAACAGUGAAGUUGAAUACGUUUCCUGCGCCUGCACAUUUAUUUCAGUACAAGACGGAAAUGUUUUGAUGAAUUACGUAGAAAGCACGAACAUGCCUUUGGUUAACAUGAACUUCCGAGAAACAAUUACAAGGGCGAAUAUUCGUGCUCCAAGUUUGCCGUAUUAUGCGUCACGUGGUCCUUCACAUGUUUAUGUAGGCACUGUGAAGCCAGACGUAAUGGCACCCGGGUCACAGAUUUUGGGUGCUCGGGUUCCAAAUAAACCAGCAGGCUAUGUGCAAUGGUUGGAGUUUCCUUCCUUGGCUUCUCCCCAUGUUACUGGCUUGGCUGCACUUCUAAAAAGCGCACAUCCAAAAUGGAGCCCGGCUGCUAUCCGAUCUACCAUAUUAACUGCUAAUCCAUUUGAUAAUAGAGAAACUCCGAUUCAAGAUGCGGGCAACAAUUUUCCAUUUGCUUCACCUCUAGCCAUGGGGUCGGGCAUGAUUUUAGCACGAACAUUUGGAGCUUAUCAAAUACAGCACGUGGAAUCAAGGAGUAAGAAGAAUUAA